AUGCCUCCAAAAGGAUUUAAGCGUAAACGAGAAGAUGGUGAUGCUGAAGGAGAGGAACGUUUUGAUGACGAUGAAAAUAGCCGUCUAACGCCUACAACCAUUAAAAGUAAAGACAAAGAAGCCGAACUUGCCUCUUCAAAAUCGGCAAAAAUUGCUGACCUAGAUGAAGAAACUGCUGCAGUUCAACAUUCUGACCAUAACGGGAAUGUUAUUGAACAAACUCAUUAUAUUGUAGUUCCUUCUUAUGCUGCCUGGUUUGAUUACAAUGGAGUUCAUCAAAUUGAGAAACACGCUCAUCCCGAUUUUUUCAAUGGACGAAAUAAAAGCAAAACGCCUGAAACCUAUAUCGCUUACCGCAACUUUAUGAUAGACACUUACCGAUUAAAUCCUUUCGAAUAUUUGUCAGCAACUGGGUGUCGACGUAACUUGAGUGGAGAUAUUUCUUCGAUUAUUAGAAUUCACGAAUUUCUUCAAAAAUGGGGUCUUAUAAAUUACCAAGUUGAUUCUGAAAGUCGCCCAGCACCUAUAAGCGUCCCCCCAACUUCUCAUUUUAUGGUUUUGGCUGAUACUCCAUUUGGACUACAACCAUUAUCAACCAUUAAUACUGAAGCUAAACCAAGUCAACGUGUUCAACCUUUGCCUGUAGUUUCUGAAAAUAAGGAAAGUGUUAAAGAAACUUUGAAUAAAGAAGUUGUAGAAGGGGAAGAGUCAAAAUCAAAUUUAAAAGAAGAGGAGAAAUUAAAGGAAGGAAUUUCUAAAAAAUUGGAUUCAAAAUUGUUGAAUGAGCCAGGAUUGAAAAUUGAUCAAUAUCAAAAGCAGCAGAGGGGAAGAAGCGCCGUUAAAGAAUGGACUCCUCAAGAAACGUUACUUUUAUUGGAAGGAUUAGAAAUGUAUAAAGACGAUUGGAAUCAGGUUUCCGAUCAUGUUGGAACUCGCACACAAGAUGAAUGUGUUAUGCAUUUUUUACAAUUACCCAUACAAGAUCCAUUUUUGGAAGAAGAAAUGAAGGGAGGAAAAGGAGGAGGGGAAAUGUCAAAUGUAUUGGGUCCAUUAGCAUACCAACCUGUUCCAUUCAGCCAAUCAGGCAAUCCUGUAAUGUCAACAGUUUCUUUUUUGGCAAGUGUUGUUGAUCCUAGAGUUGCUUCUGCUGCUGCAAAGGCUGCGUUAGAGGAAUACAGCAAAAUGAAAGAAGAUGUUCCUCCACUUUUAAAUCAAGCACAUGUAAAAAAUGUUGAAGCCCAUGCAAAAGAAAAUAAUGGAGAAAUUGAUACAAAUAUUGCACUUUCUACAUUGGAUGCUUCUUCAAAACAAGCAAAUAAAGACGAAUCCGAAUCAGUCAAAGAAGCAAAUGUACAAGAAAAAAAUGAAGAAAUGACUGAAACAAGUUCAUCAUCAAAAAUUGAUUUAAAUAAUGAACAAAAACAGACUGAACAACAAGAAAAGAUUUCCGAAUCAAAAAAUAAAGAAUCCAGUAUGUCUGAAAAUAUUCAAGUUGCAGCAGCUACAGCAUUGGGAGCAGCAGCUGCAAAAGCAAAAUAUUUGGCUGGUGUAGAAGAAAGGAGAAUGAAAGGAUUGGUUGCUCAAUUAGUUGAAACGCAGAUGAAAAAGUUGGAAUUGAAAUUAAAACAUUUUGAAGAGUUGGAACAAAUAAUGGACAAAGAACGUGAAACUUUGGAAGCACAACGUCAACAGUUAAUCACAGAACGUCAAGCUUUCCAUUUGGAUCAACUUCGCUAUUUGGAACAAAGAGCUAAAGCAGAUAAACACCAUCAAUUAGCUUCUGAAGGCAAAAUUCCGGCUACUUUACCUCCAGGAUUUGAGGUUGGAGUUCCUUCGCAACCCCAACCAAUAUUUCCACCUCAAAAUAUUGUUACUCAACAACGACAACAAGUAGCGCAUGUUCCUCCACCUGAGGAACAAAAUAUUGAAGGCGAUACUGCUGCUGCUUUUCAAUCAAAAUAUCAGCAAGGAACUUCCCAAGCUUCACAACCUUUAAGAUCCCCGGCUGUUCCAACUCCUUCACCAAGACAGGCAGCAUAUUCUGCAACACAACAACAACAUUCUGCUACGGAUUCUUCAAAAUUAAAUAAUAUCAACAAGAAUCAACAAACACAACAGCAAACUCAAAUGGCUCCUCAAGCGAAUAUUCCAACCGCCCAAGGUCAGCCAAUUCCUUCUGAUUACUAUGCUUCUCAACAACAACAACCGGCAGGAACACAAGUUCCUCCUUAUAACCAACAACCACCUUCACAACAACAAUUUAUGCCACCACAACAUCCUCAAUAUCAACAACAAGGAUAUCCACAACCUGGACAACCGCAACAACAACCUCAAUAUUAUGGACCACGUGGAGGAGUUGCUCCUUCACCACAAUCGUAUUAUCCACAACAAAUGCCGCAACAGCAACAACGUCCACCAAUGUCUGGUUAUCCUGGCCAAGCUUAUGAUUACCAAUACCAAACACAAAAUGCACAGCGUCAACAACUUCCACCACAACAGCAACAACAAUAUUCACCUUAUGGACAGCAACAACAACAACAAGUUUCUGCUUAUCCAUCAACUGGAGGACAACAACCAUAUUAUCCUCAAUCAUCACAACAUCCACAAGCCCAAACAAGUACUCAACAACAGCAACAACAACAACCUAUGACUGAUAUACAACAACAAGCACAACAGGCUGCAGCUGAUCCAACAAGUGCGACACCUCCAAUGCAUCAAGGUUAA